AUGAGCAACGAAGAAGAGCAGUAUGAGGACAGCACGAUGGGCGGUCCUGGUGCGCCAACUCCAGUAUCUGCGCUUGAGGGAGUAAAUGGACUGACUGCACGCGAUAUUAAACUGGUUAUCGAAGGUGGCUACAACACGGUAGAAUCGAUUGCUUAUACACCACGACGAGCACUCGAACAAAUAAAGGGCAUAUCAGAGCAGAAGGCGUCCAAGUUACUUGCUGAGGCCUCUAAACUUGUGCCCAUGGGCUUUACCACGGCUACCGAGAUGCACUCGCGUCGAAGCGAACUCAUUUCGAUUACGACGGGAUCAAAACAGCUGGACACACUGCUUGCGGGCGGCAUCGAGACUGGGUCUAUCACGGAGAUAUUUGGCGAGUUCCGAACAGGAAAGAGUCAGAUCUGUCACACGCUUGCCGUGACAUGCCAGUUGCCGUUCGACAUGGGAGGCGGUGAGGGAAAGUGCCUAUAUAUCGAUACUGAAGGCACUUUCCGUCCAGUGCGAUGUCUGGCCGUGGCAAAUCGUUACGGGCUUUCUGGCGAGGAAGUGCUGGACAAUGUCGCGUAUGCGCGCGCAUAUAACUCGGACCAUCAGCUGGAGCUUCUCAAUCAGGCCGCGCAGAUGAUGACGGAGACACGCUUCUCUUUACUUGUUGUGGAUUCCGCCACAGCGCUAUAUCGUACCGAUUUUGCAGGGCGUGGAGAACUUUCGGCAAGACAAACACAUCUUGCCAAGUUCAUGCGCACGCUGCAACGGCUUGCCGAUGAGUUUGGGAUCGCUGUUAUUAUCACGAACCAAGUGGUUGCGCAAGUCGAUGGUGGGCCUAGUGCCAUGUUCAACCCUGAUCCCAAGAAGCCCAUCGGAGGAAACAUUAUUGCGCACGCAAGUACAACUCGUCUGAGUCUGAGAAAAGGCCGAGGAGAAACGCGUGUGUGCAAGAUCUAUGACAGCCCUUGUCUCCCAGAGAGCGAUUGUUUAUUCGCCAUCAACGAGGACGGCAUCGGCGACCCCAAGGAGAAGGAUCUGGAGGAGAGAAACAACAGGUGA